AUGAAUCAUUUAACACCAGAACCAGUCGAACAAUUUCCGCAAACAAUUGUUCAAGAACAAUCAUCAAAUUUAACUAAUACUAAUGAAGAUGAUAAUACAUUUGUAACAAAUGCAACUCUUAAUGAUCAUCAGGCAAAUAUACGUCGUCGAGCACCAACAAGACAUUCAAUAAAAUCUUUAACAGGUCGAAAAUCAUUAUCAAAACAAAAUUCAACAAAAGAGUAUUCAAGCGAUAUUAUAGAACAACGAAAUAUCUAUUUCUAUGUUAACAAAGUAUUUUAUCAAGUAUGCAUUGGUAUGUAG